AUGGCGGAGACACUUUUGUCGUUUGGAGUCGAGAAGCUUUGGAGCCUCCUUAUCAAAGAAUCUGAGAGAAUUCAGGGAGUUGAUGGACAAUUCAAUGGAUUAAAAAGUGAUCUGAAUAUGUUAAGGGGCUUUUUGGAAGAUGCAGAUGCCAAGAAACAUUCAAGUGCAAUGGUUAAAAAAUGUGUGGAAGAGAUCAAGGAAAUUGUUUUUGCUGCGGAGGAUGUCAUCGAAACCUUUCUUCUGAAGGAAGAACUUGGACGAACAGGUGGGUUCACGAAGCGCAUGAGAAGACUUCCUUUCACAAUAAUGGAUCACAGGAAACUUGCGUUCGACAUGGAAGGCAUAAGUAAGAGGAUCUCCAAUGUGAUUAGAGAUAUGAAAAAGUUUGAGGUACGAGAGAUUAUUGCCGAUGGAAGAUAUCCACAACUUCUUCAAGAAAGACAAAGGGAGAUGAGACAUACUUAUCCUAGCGACAACGAAAGUGAUUUUGUGGGUUUGGAGCAAAAUGUGAAGAAAUUGGUUGGCUAUUUGGUAGAGGAGGAGAGCAUUCAAGUGGUUUCUAUAUGUGGGAUGGGCGGUAUUGGUAAAACUACCCUGGCUCGACAAGUUUUUAAUCAUGAGUUGGUAAAAAACAGUUUUGAUGGAGUUGCGUGGGUCUUUGUGUCACAACAAUUUACACGGAAAUAUGUGUGGCAGACAAUCUUGCAGAGGCUUUGUUCAAAACAUAGAGACUCAGAUAUGACUGAAGACGAGCUUCAGGACAAACUCUUUCGAUUGUUGGGAACCAAUAAGUAUUUGAUUGUCUUGGAUGAUAUGUGGAAAGAAGAAGAUUGGGACAUAAUAAAGCCUGUGUUUCCCUACGUACUUAAGGCUAGCAUGAAAAGGUACACUGGAUGGAAGGUACUGCUUACUUCUGGAUCACGUGCACCAACAUGCGUCACUUUUAGACCAGAAUGCUUAACCCCUGAAGAAAGUUGGACACUUUUUCGGAGGAUAGCAUUUCCUAGGAAAGACACAGCAGAAAUGGAAGAGAUGGGCAAGAAAAUGAUAAAACAUUGUGGCGGACUACCGCUGGCUGUCAAAGUGUUAGGAGGGUUGUUAGCUGCCCAACAAAAAUUAAGUGAGUGGAAAAAGGUCUAUGAGAAUAUUAGAUCUAGUUUUAAUGACGGAAAUCGCAAUUCGGUUCACCAUAUAUUGUCUCUCAGCUUUGAAGAGUUGCCUAUUUAUUUGAAGCAAUGUUUCCUCUACCUUGCCCAUUUUCCAGAAGAUUAUCCAAUAAAAGUGGAGGAUUUGUCUUGGUACUGGGCUGCAGAAGGAAUACUAAAUCCCAAGAAUUAUGAGAGUGAAAGCAUUCGAGAUGUUGCACAUGUCUACAUAGAAGAUUUGGUUAAGAGAAAUAUGGUUAUGUCCGAAAGAGAUGGUAAGACUUCAAGAUUUGAAACAUGUCAGUUGCAUGAUAUGAUGAGAGAAGUUUGUCUGCUUAAAGCUAAAGAAGAGAAUUUCCUACAAAUUGUUCACGGCACAUCAACUGCAAACUCUAAAUCCCCUUGUAAAACUCGCAGAAUCGCUGUACAUUGGACUGAUGAAACAUUUAAUGUAGAGGGGGAAAUGAAGAAUCCAAGCCUUAGAUCUCUCUUGUUUAUCAAGCAGUUUUGGGGGACCAGAUUCAGGUUUAUGCUUUACAAGGCUACAAUUGGUGAGGAUUUUAGAUCUCUGGUGUGCCCAGUUUGA